CCUGGCCGGUGUGGGGGUGGGGCUUCCUGGAGGAGAGAAGUUUCGUUGGAUCGUCAUUACUGAGGAAACCGCCAUGUGUGGGGUACCUACUAGGUGUUAGGUGCUAGCCGGUCCUCUUAGAGCAAAGGGAGCUCCAGGCUCUCCUGGUGAGAUGCCGUGGCACACAGUGGGUGUUCAGCAAAUGGGUGCUUUUCAUUGCUGAGACCCUGCUUGACGCCUCGAGGGGGCUCAGCAGCCAGCCCUCCCCUGGGUCACAGGGUCUUCCGCCUCUUUCUUGGAGGGAGGGCCCCAAGAGGCCCAGGUGGGGGCAGUGGCCCAGGGUGUGGCAGGCAGGUGGCCUGUGUUCCUGGAGGGAGGGUGUGGGUCAGGUAUCUGCAGAGCCAGUCCAGUUUCCAGGACAAGGGAAGAGGCAGUGGCUUGCUAGGUGGGGGCCCUUGGACAGGAUUCUAGCUGUCUUUGGGCCUUGGUUUUCCUGUCUGUAUAGUGGGGGCUCGUGCUACCCUCACAGGGGCUCUCCUGGGCUGGUAUCACCCCAGGCCUGGCCCAUUGCAGAGAGAGUCUCCGGUGGUUAUCUGGGGAAGUAGAUAAGCUAAGACAGGGACAUGCACACGGACACGGAGAUAGAACCCCAACCAACAGGCUGCCCCGUGAAACAGGACCUUUGCAUGUGGUCCCUGGCCCAUCUGGCGGAGCCCUAGACACAAGGCUCAGUCCGGUCUGCAAUCAAGGCCUCUACUUGAUCUUUCCCAGCCAGGCAGCUUCCAGUGACUAGGAGCCUGGGCAUCUUCAUCUGGGAGGUAGAGCCGUGCCAGACCCUUGGCCCAGCGUGCGGUGGGUAGGCAGGAGUGGAGCGGCCCAUCUCAGGUCCUGACCUAGAGGCCCCUGGAGACACCUCAGAGUCCAAGGGAACCUUGGGGCACCUGGGGACGGCUGGAGCAAGCAGGGCCAUGGUGGCCAUCUUGGGGCGUUGGUGGCCCGGAUGGGGGGUGCAAGGAGGGGCUGAGGCUGGUCUGAUCCAGAGCCCCAUCUGCCCACUAGCUCUUCAGGGCCUGGGGCCAGACGGCAGAUGGUGGCAGGGGGUGGAAGCCACCAUCGGGGCUCCUCCGAGGCCUCCCGUGGAUGAGACUCAGCUGGGGUCACCCCCCCAUCCUCUGCUCCCAGCAGCCACAUCGGAGCCUCCCCCACCCAAAUGGGCUGGUGGAACAGUGGGGGGAAGCCGAGCAGCUGGUGCAGUCGGCGGGGGGAAGGGAGGGCCGCAGACAGAGGUGUCCUGGGAACUGUAGUGCCUGCCUGAGUGUCAGCCCCGCGGCCUGGACCCCGCUUCCAGGGUGUCCCUGGGUCACAACGGUCCUGCUCUGGCCUUGGGUCCGGCCAGGUCCAACCCCAGACGUCCAUGCUGGGCUCGCUGGCUGCAUCCCACCUGGCGCACAGUAGGAGAGCUCCAGGUCUCGGCGCGGAAGAUGGCCGGUGGCGUGGACGGCCCCAUCGGGAUCCCGUUCCCCGACCACAGCAGUGACAUCCUAAGUGGACUCAACGAGCAGAGGACGCAGGGCCUGCUGUGCGACGUGGUGAUCCUGGUGGAGGGCCGCGAGUUCCCCACACACCGCUCGGUGCUGGCAGCCUGCAGCCAGUACUUCAAGAAGCUGUUCACGUCGGGCGCCGUGGUGGACCAGCAGAACGUGUAUGAGAUUGACUUCGUCAGCGCCGAGGCGCUCACAGCCCUCAUGGACUUCGCCUACACGGCCACUCUCACCGUCAGCACGGCCAAUGUGGGUGACAUCCUCAGUGCUGCCCGCCUGCUCGAGAUACCCGCCGUGAGCCACGUCUGCGCCGACCUCCUUGACCGGCAGAUCCUGGCGGCUGACGCGGGUGCCGACGCUGGACAGCUGGACCUCGUAGAUCAAAUUGAUCAGCGCAAUCUCCUCCGCGCCAAGGAGUACCUUGAGUUCUUCCAGAGCAACCCCAUGAACAGCCUGCCCCCCGCGGCCGCCGCCGCCGCUGCCACCUUCCCCUGGUCCGCCUUCGGCGCAUCCGACGAUGACCUGGAUGCCACCAAGGAAGCCGUGGCCGCUGCCGUGGCUGCUGUGGCUGCCGGUGACUGCAAUGGCUUGGACUUCUACGGGCCAGGCCCCCCGGCCGAGCGGCCUCCCGCCGGGGAUGGUGACGAGGGCGACAGCAACCCCGGUCUGUGGCCAGAGAGGGAUGAGGACACUCCUGCCGGGGGCCUCUUCCCGCCCCCUGUGGCCCCUCCAGCCACUGCCACGCAGAACGGCCACUACGGCCGGGGCGGGGAAGAGGAGGCGGCCUCGCUGUCAGAGGCGGCCCCUGAGCCCGGCGACUCUCCAGGCUUCCUCUCGGGCCCAGCUGAGGGUGAGGAUGGGGACGGUGCCGACGCGGACGGGCUGGCGGCCAGCACGCUGCUCCAGCAGAUGAUAUCGUCGGUGGGCCGGGCGGGGGCGGCUGCGGCGGGGGACAGUGAUGACGAGUCACGGGCGGAUGACAAGGGCGUGGUGGACUACUACCUGAAGUACUUCAGCAGCGCCCACGAUGGUGACGUCUACCCGGCCUGGUCGCAGAAGGUGGAGAAGAAGAUCCGGGCCAAGGCCUUCCAGAAGUGCCCUAUCUGUGAGAAGGUCAUCCAGGGCGCUGGCAAGCUGCCCAGGCACAUCCGGACCCACACGGGGGAGAAACCCUAUGAGUGCAACAUCUGCAAGGUCCGCUUCACCAGGCAGGACAAGCUGAAGGUGCACAUGCGGAAGCACACGGGCGAGAAGCCGUACCUGUGCCAGCAGUGCGGGGCGGCCUUUGCGCACAACUACGACCUGAAGAACCACAUGCGCGUGCACACGGGCCUGCGCCCCUACCAGUGCGACAGCUGCUGCAAGACCUUCGUCCGCUCCGACCACCUGCACAGACACCUCAAGAAGGACGGCUGCAACGGCGUCCCCUCGCGCCGCGGCCGCAAGCCCCGCGCGCGGGGUGCGGCGCUCGGGGGACCCGACCCGGCCCCCGGGAACCCCGCGCCCCCCGGCGCCGCCGCCCCGUCUGGCUCCCCCGACGCCCGGCGCAACGGCCCCGAGCAGCACUUUAAGGACGAGGAUGAGGACGAGGAGGCGGGCAGCCCCGACGGCCCGGGCGCCGUGCAUGCGGCGGGCGCCGGCGGGGCGGGGGGUGGCCCCGGGAGCGCCGCCGACGGCAGCUUCGCGGCCGGACUCGCCUGAAAACCAAAAAGGAACCAGAAACCAGAGAGACAGAGAGAGAGAAAAUCACCCGCCACCCCCCGAAACAAAAAAAGAAAAUCUAUCUAUAUACAGAUAUCUAUAUCUAUAUAUAUAUAUACAGAUAUAUAUAUAUAUAUAUGAGGCGUCACAGAAUCUAGGGUAGUGCUUUUCUCAGAUUUUUCUCCUCCGUGAUGUUCUCUCCCUCCACGGGGACCCACGCCCCCUCCGGCUCCCCGCCCGCCCGCCCCGUCGAUGGGUUUCGGGGCUUGGUUUGGGCCUUUUGUGGGACACAAGGAUUCUGAGACCCCCUGCCCCCGGGCGCCCCCAGGCACGGGGUUUGGGGUCCCGGCCAGGGCCCCGGGGGGCUGCAGUGGGCUUCUAUUUUCCUCCCCUCGCUGGUUUCUAUGCGUCUUUGAGACAAGACCUUAAAUGAUUUCUGUCCGCUGUGAGUGGACGUUAAAUCGACCCCCGCCCCACCCCCACCCUCCUUCCUCAGGGCACUUACUAAGUGGGGGUCCCCCCCGUAUCUCCUGAUGGCCUCCUCCCGACCCCCCAAACCUGCCUGUUCCUGCCUGCGGCCCUCUGUGUCUCCUGGCCUCUGUGACACAAAUCUAUUUAUUUCCAGGCGUGGCGAAAGGGGAGAAGACCGGGGGGUGGGGGUGGGGGGGGACAGGUGGGGCGCCCUGGCGCCCCAGCCCCACCCCCGUCUGUGGUCCCCGACACAGGCCACCCAGACAGCCCCCCCACGUCCCCAACGAGACGUUUGGAGAUUGAAAACUUUGUCUUCACCCUCUCUCCUCUCCCCCGAGCCCCCUCCCCAUUUUUUAAAGCACUUUUUAGAUUUUUUUGCCCUCUUUUCCUCCUUAAAAACAAAAUUUAUAUAUAGAUAUAUAUAUAAAUAUAUAUAAAAUAUACUUUUCCUCAGAGGAGCAGGCAGAGGGUGGGGCGGAAGAGCUGAGAGCAGAGGGGGCCCGAGGUCUCACCGUGGCAGGGAAGAGGGCAGACAGAGUCCACAAGUUCCAAUAUCACAAAAGCAAUAAAACCAAGAUUUUACAAAAUGAAAGGAAAGAAAAAGACAAAAAAACAAACAAACAAAAAAAAUAACCACCAAUAGAAGUCUUGGCACUUUGUAACAGAACGGGUACUACACUUUAUCUUAAUUCUUAAUUUAAAAACAUGUUUACAAGUUGCAACCAACUUCUAUGAAAAGUCGAAAAGACAAAAAAAAGUAACGUGAGCGAGAGCAAGAGAGCUAAAAAGAAAAGUCCUAAAAGUCGAUUUAUUUUUGUACAAAAUAAUAAAAAAAAAAACCCACCGCAGACGUAGAAUCCACUUCUGUUCCCCGAGGUGAGAGGGGUCAGAAGGCAUCGGGCAGGGUCUUCUGAGGUCUUAUUCGUGCUUCACCCUAGGGGCUCGCCCCGCAGGCAGGACUGGGGGGUUUGUGUUUCUGCCGUGUCCCUACCCCCACAUUCUGUCCUCCUCCCUUUUUUUUGGUUCUGAUUCGGAGAUGUCUCAUCAACCGCUGGCCGUACCAUGGCCACCCGUGUCCGUGGGGACCCUCCAGCUCAGGGAUGGGCCCGAGAGAGGGCUGGCUGGCCUUCCCCCCAGCCGGAGCAAUCCAGACCGUACCCCUGCCCCGUCCUCGCUGUCCCCUGCUCAUGCCCCGUGCCCACUCCCGGGCUCCCCGUCCUUCAGCAUGAAGCCCUUGUGGCCACCAAGGAGCUGCAUCUUGGACAUGCCAUCCCCAUUGAGGUGGGUGAUGGGGUGGCCCCACCUCCAGGGCCUUACAUCCCCCCAGGCACCCCUCUUUUUACUCAAAGGCACUGACUGUAAUUUGGGGGCUGGCACCUGCCUCCCCCCCAGCCUCUGGCUUCCCAAAGGCCCGGUGUUGACCGAGCCACAGGCCACGGACAAGGGGCCAGGGCUGGGGAGACCAUGUAGCCAGAGGCCAGGGCUCCCUCCCACCGACCCCCUCUCUCGCAUAUGCAAUGCCUAGCGUGGGACCCUGUAAAUAGAUGCUCUGUCAAGCUGAGACCCAUCUCUUCAUCAAAGCCUGAGGUGUGGGGGUGCCCCUGCUCCCCAUCCUCCAGCUGCUGGCCUGUCUCCCCAGUAUCCCUUUGCUCUGUGAUAAACCCCAUGUUAUUUUUCUUUUUUUAAAGGGAAGCUUUUUAAAAAGGCAACUUUCAUCAUUGUUUCUACAGAAUAGUUUUAUUUUCACCCCUCCCACCCAACUCUCCCGAGCCCAUCAGCCCCCCAAAUGUCUCAGGACCCCCCCUCCUGAGGGGGGUGGUAGGGGAGCCCAGGGCCGGGUGGCCUCGUUCACACCCCAGCAUCACUGGGUGAGCUCUGUUGGAGAACCAUCUUUGGAGACUGAGCAGAGAGCUCAAGCACCCAGGCCAGGGACCCUCCACCCCACCCCAGCUCCCAGAGAGGUUCCUUGAGGGGAAAGCCCUUCCCCCCUACCCACAAACCCCCUUGCAAUAAAACCAACUGAAAAAUCACAGCUGUCGUCCUGGCCAGUGGGGGCGACUAGACUUGGGGGAUCUGGGACUAUGGCGGGGGUAAGGGCUGAACCCUGCCGAGCACAUGUAACACAAACUUCCUCGGGAAUUGCACUAAACCCCUGCCCCUAGCUCUGCGCUCAGCUUCGGACAGCCCUGCCCACCCACUCCGCCUUAACCCCUCUCCUGCUGCCCAUCAGCCCAUCCCAGGGGCUGCAGCGUCUGCAUGGGCCCAGAGCUGGGACCCCCGCCUGCCCAGUCCAGCCCCUCCCCCAACUCCGCGCAAUCACAUACUGUAUAUAGACGUGGAUCGAUUUUAUUUUUAUUCUUUAAAUUAAGGUCGUGAUAAAGUGUUGCCAAAGAUACUGCUGAAUUCUCGCGUUUCAGGAAACAAACAAACAAACAAAAUAAUUGAGGGGGAACAUGCUGACUUGGUCAGAAACGACACAGCAAAAAAGUUUGUUUGGUUGUUUGGGUUUUUUUUUUGCGUUUUCUUCUUUUGGGGGUGUUUUUUUUUUAACUGCCUGGUACAAAAAAAAAAAAAGGAAAACAAGCGAAAUUGUUAUUUCCAUCAUCUUGGUGAAGUUGUGUGGAUGUGUGUGUGUGCGUGUGUGCGAGAGUGAGGUCCAGGCCAGGGGCGCUUCAGGUGAGGGCUCCUGGGGGCGCUCCGGGCAGGGGUGGUGGGCUUGGCAGGAUGCGGGGGUGCUGGGGUGCUGGAGCCCUCACUGGGAGCAGUUGCUAGCUUGUGGGACCUGGGAGAGAGAUUUAAUACCCUUGCUACUGCUCCCUGCCUAGCCCCCUGCCCUGACCCUCACCCUGACCCUGCCUUUUGAGAUUAAGAGAAAAAAAAAAAUUAAAAAAAAAAAUAAUUUAAAAACCAGUGAAUGUAAAGUGCCGGACCAGGCCCAGCCUGGCACGGGUGUGGGUCUGUGCCCAGCUGGGCUCCAGCAGGCCAUACCAAAGUCUGCCCCCUCUGGCGGCUCGCCCAGGAGACCCCGUGUGGCCACCUUGUUUUGUCACCCUGUUUGUGUUUGGCUGUCCUUUGCUUCCUUCCGGGGGGUGGGAGGGUCUCAGGUGGAAGGGGAGGGCCCCCCCAGCCCCUUCCAGAGUUCUGGGCACUGGUCACGGCAGGAGCGGCCACGCUGCGCGUGGAGGGAUGCAGGCAGGGGCCAGGGUCCCCCCAGGACCAAGGCAGUCCAGGCAACCAGAAUGGUAGGGGGCGAGACGGGUGAAAGGAAAAGCAGGAAAAAAAAAUUAAAACCCACAAAAAAAAGUAAAAAUGCUAUUUUUUGAGAAAGAAAGAUAUUUAUAUUUGCAGUUUUAUUUUAAAAAGUUAUUUAAGCUGAGGAAGCAGCCUUCCUGGAGGGGGUGGUGUUGACUGGUGCAGGACGGGUCAGGGCCUGGGGGCUUGGGCACCCCAGGAGCCGUAACCAUAAAACUAGCUCGCACUAAAUACAUAGAUUUACAUGGGGGGUGGGGGCUGCAGAGACCCCAAUCCCGUGGGCAGGGCUGCCUGGAGGCUGCGGCCAGGGGUCCCGAUGCCCAGGUUUCCCCCUGCCCCGCCCAAGCCCAGACAUGAGGUGCCUUGGACUUUGUGGGGGCCAGGCCUGGAGAAUGGGGGAGCAGGGGCAUUGCCUGGGGGGGCACAGAGCACAGAGCAGACAUUCCAUAGACUGUAUUUGAGAGUCUUUAUAAAGUGUGGGAGAUUAAAAAAAAACAAAACGAUAAAAAUGCACUUUUUGGGGGUGGGGGGGAGCUUUAAAAGUAAUUAAAAAAAA